AUGUCGGCCACGACCACGACCACCAAGACGACCACAGGCGCCAGGACCACGGAGAGAACACACGACCACUACACCACAAGAGACCACGAGCGGACCACCCAGACCAGCAACAACACCUCCAGGAGACCAGGAGGCCAUCAUGGAUCGCGCCUUCUGGAGGAUGCGGAUACGGCGGUAACGCCGUUGACAUGGUUCGACGACCAUUCUUUUGAAUUCCACGGACGAAUUGUCACGGCACCACACACGCAGGGCGCGAUUUCAGGGGCAAGGCGAAGUGAUGCGAAGAAUGCUCGGAUGCCGCGAGCUGUCCUGCGCUUCGCCAUUCGCGAAGGCCGCAACCGGCAGAUCCGGCGAAUGUGCAAAUCUGAGGGCCUCACGGUAGAGUGGCUUCUCAGAACGCGCAUCGGGCCGCUCCGGCUCGGCAACUUGGCGAUCGGAGCAGCCAGAGAUGCAACGGAAGAAGAGCAGAAGGCCUUGGUUUCAGCCCUCUGA